UCGAAUUCUGAUUGGCUGCCAUUCUGUCAAGUUUGACGUAUGGGCAAUAAAUUUAUUGGGUAAUUAUUCAUCUAUCAUAUGAACAUCGUCUGAAUUUCAUGAAAUGGUAUGCUUUUAAAAUUUUCAGACAUUAAUAUUCAACAGAGAAAAGAUGGCGGGACAGUGUCGUUGCAUACUAUGAGACAAGUAGCUUAUUCUAUCAGUAGAGCACAAAGCUUAUAUCUUGUGUGUUUUCUCUAGAAUUUAUCUCUGGUGUCAUUUUCUGUAAUGUGUACGAAAGUAAUUAUCAUGUUAGCUAGCGUAAAAGGCUGAUUCACUGGUUCGCAACUUCUCCCAUCAUCACUACUCUCAUAUCCAGGUGUUCUCAGCUAAUCACCAUCAGGUGAAAUUGUUUAGGUAUUACUACAUUUAUCCGAUCGUCUGUGCUACAACUACAGGUACAUACGAAGAAAUGAGUCAACUUUCAGUGUUGUUGUUUUUCAUCUACAUAUAAUCAAGAUUGAUAAGUGAAAUGCGCACAUUAAACUAGAAUAUGUUUAUCACAGACUUUCAGCUUCACCUACUUUACUAUCCAUCAUUCUAAAAUACAAAAACAAUGAAAAGAGAUAUUGAUUUUUAGUGUUCUUAUUAAAAGCCAGACCGUGAUUAUAUGCAUAGGGAAGACGACAACAAAGUAUGCCUUACCGCUAAACAGAAUAUGAGUCAUUUAUAAACAGUUUGAAUAUUUAUACUAUGGGAAAAUGUGGGCGUAAGGGAGUUGAAUUACACUCAGCAAGUUAAUAAAAUAUUGAUUUUCUAAUAUUCGUUAUAAUGUCCACAUGAAUUUAAUUGGAUAUACUAUACGCAUUAUGGUCAAUAUUUAAGAAGAAAGACAUUCAGCGUACACAAAUAUAAAACCUCGAUUAUGUAUGAAAUACUCAUGUGUUAUAACUUAAUCUAUAUGGAAUGGAUAAAUGCUUGUUGAUUCAUUUGAUGUGUUGUAAUACAUUAUUUAUUGAUUCCGUCUGUGUUACAUCACAGUCAAUUAUUAAUCGAUCAAACUGUUCAAAAUGUUCCGAUAAUAAUGGUACACGGAAUUUAUUGUUCAAAUCAAAUACAACAAUCGGAAGUAACACGUUCAUCAACUGUACGAAUUUCGCUGGAAUUACUACUGUAGCUACUGUUCUUAACAGAAUAGAAGCUAAGAAACAUAACUACAAAUAUCUCCUCCAAUAUUAUCAAGUGAAACGGUGAAAACGACAAGAAAUGAGUCGUUUAACUAAAUCGCAUCCAAUCAAUAAACUAGUUUGGCGAUGGUCUUGGUUAUGGAAUUGUAUUUUAUUACACUUAUUCAUUCUCUCGGGAAAUACAUCGACAGUUCCUAUUGAAGAUAUCAAACUUGUGGAUGGCAGUCAGUUGGCGCAUGUACUUCUCGACACUGAUGAGUUGUAUCACAGUCUAACUACUAAAUCAGUGAUUGGUUCACCCUAUUUAAAUGUGGACACUGUUGGCUUACCGACUAGUAUUCGAUUUCCAGUUGAACCAAUCAGUGGACUGUUUUUAAUUCCAACCUCGUUCGAUGAAUUUAAAUAUUCAACUAAUUUCGAUAUGAUCGAUUGUCCAUGGAAUUUGACAGCAUGUGUUUCAGAUCAAUUCACAAUUCGAUUUACCAUGCAACCAGAAGAAUAUACACCGAUUCCUUCUAAAACUCAUGUCAUAAGUUUACUAGCCUCGCACUUCACUGGUGAAGAAACAUCAUGGGCACUACAAUUCUACAUUCUUCCCGGGUCAAAGUUAUCCAUCACUUGGGGUCAAUUACCAAACAAAAACCGAAUGAAACACCAACAAGUACACCAUUUCAUACCUUUGACAAUGAAUACUUGGAAUACAAUCGAAGUCACAGUCAAUUUAAAAUCGAAUAAGUUGACUUCAAAAGUUAAGAAUAAGCAUUCUAUUGAAUAUGAGACAGAUUCACUUGGUGAGCUUACUGAUACCGAAAAUGAUCGAACACUUAUGGUUACAAUCAAGGCUGAGGCUUUAAAAAACUUUGUUGGACUAAUGUUUGGACAAGCUUCACAACUACAAUUAACUAUUGAGCCAGGUAUUAGUUUCUUGUUGAAAGAUUUCCAUCUUGAAUCACCAGACAUGGUAAAGCGUCGUAGACCUAGACGUUUAAGCAAUCUGUUCGAUCAAAUACCCACCAACCCAAUCAAGUAUAUUUCAUCAGUUAAUUUUCCAGAAGGCAGUUUUGUCCGUUAUGACUUUCGUAACCGAUUACAAAGAUCUGUGGAAGAAGAAGUGUUAACAAUUAACUUCACUUUACCCUUUGGUGUCACUUCUGGUCUACUUUGGUUCAGUGAAGGUGAACAGUCAAAAAGUUAUGUGUAUAUCAAGGACUCAUUAUUGUAUUAUAUUUAUGCAAUUACUGAUCAAACUGGCAAGGCUCAACGAACAGUUACGGAGGAGAUAUUCUUGAAUUCAUCACUGGUCCCAGAAAAGCCUCAAGUUCUUCAGCUCAUACGAGAUAGAGAUAAUCUAACGAUUACGCUUGAUCAUCGUAGCCAUGCAAGUAGAUCAAUAGCUGGUCGAGCUCCUUUAGUGUCUACAGAUGGAAAAGUUUACUUGGGUGGAUCAAACAAUCCAAUCAGAGAUACAGAAGGCAAGGUGGAUAGGACAUUUGAAGGACGGAUUACAAAGGCUGAAAUAAUAAGAAAAGGUGAUAAUGAUGUGAAUCUUUUAAACGUUCUAAUGGAUCCAAAUUGGAAGGAUUCAGUUCAAAGAACAGGUAUCACAGAUGUUAGAUUUCGUCUACCUAAGGCACAACUUAUCAUUGGACCAACAUCAUCAAAUAAACGUGGUGGUUAUUCAUCUCUUGAGUCAGAAUUUUCACGGAUUCCUGUACCAAUCACUUAUAUGGGUACAGAAGAUUCAAUUGUACGAUUUGAUACUUGGAAUUUUGAGUUGUAUCGAUCAUUUAAAAUUGAAUUUUCAACUUAUGAACCGAAUGGGAUUCUGUUCUUUGUUGGACCUGAUCAAGAGCACAGAGAUUUUGUCUGUGUAGAAUUAUUCGAUGGGAAUGUUUACUUUGUCUAUGCAGUUGGCGGUCAUUAUAAGCAUAUUCAACUGAAUCCACUAAAUACUGUUGUCAAUGAUGGCGGUAUUCACAGUGUUUAUGUCUCGCGGAAUGCACAACAUCGAUUCACGGUAAAAUACAAUAAUCAGCUAGUCGAUGUUGAAGAGGGUAAAGAAGCUCACCAAGCUGCAUUUUCCACAUAUACUUACAUCGGAAGUAUCGACAAUGUGGGUCGAUUGCCAUGGCAUGUUUGGUCACGUGAAAACUUUGCCGGUUGUAUUCAUUCAAUUUUAGUGAAUGAAAAUAGCUAUUUGGACGUUUCAUCACGUAUGAUUCAGCAUACAGAUAUUGGUCGAGGCAUUCGAUUAGGACAAUGUGAAGUGCCUAAACAACGCUGUAACGAUAAAAUCUGUGGUGGUGGUCGAUGCUCUAGACGUUCAUAUCCAUUCUUGGAAGAAUUGAAUUUUGCCUGUGAUUGCAGUGAAUCGGAUAAAACAUUCCCAGAGAAAACAAUGGAUAUUCGUCGAUCUGUAGGGUGUCAUCGAGAUGCUCCAAUUCUCGAAAUGGAUGGUGAUAUGGUAUAUGUGGUUGAUUUUGAACAACAAAUCAAUAAAUUGAUUACACACACAGAUGACAUCAGUUUACAGUUCAAGACGGAUACACCGAUAUCAGGACAUGCUAGUUAUUUACCUUUGUUCUAUUCCGUAUCACGUGCAGAUAAAUCAUAUUUUCGUGUGGACUUAGUAGAUGGACAGAUACGUAUUCAAACGAAUAUUAAUCACAAGGGGAAACCACAUGCCUAUGAGGAAUUCUCUCUACCAAGUGCUAUGCUGAACAACAAUCAGUGGCACACGCUACAUAUUGCUCGUCGGGCAGACCACAUAGUCAUAUCUGUUGACAGAGCGUCUGUAACCGGGAAAAUACCUUUACUAGAUCCUCAUGAUACAUUCCAGUUGAUUGCACAACAGAUCUAUUUAGGCAGUGCUGGACCACCGAAUUUUGGUUAUUACCAGGAUCCUGCAACCAAGAAAACAAUGCUACCACCAGGACCAAGAUUUGUUGGUGAAUUUAGAAAUUUCUUUUGGAAUCAGUAUGAUUUAAUUGGGACCAAAGUCUUCCCAACCAAGUAUACAGCACAUUUAUUGAAUCCUCCGGCUAUCAGACACACAUUCCCAGUAUGGCCUAGGGAACAUACAUAUGCCAUAACUUGCAAGUCUGGUCUUAUCUAUGCGCAUCUGGAUCGACCGAUUGAAAUGAAAAAUGGAGGUGAUACUUGGUUAAUUGAAUUCAAAACUAAUUAUGACGGAAUAUUGUUCCGGGCUCGUGAUAUACGUAACCCUGAUCGAGUUUAUAUCACAGCGAUAAUUCUUGGCGGUCGUAUACAUAUUGUUUAUUCACUAGACGAUCAACAAGGCGUUUAUCAGUUGACUGGUGGACCGGGUGCAGACAAUAUGGCUGAUGGAAACUGGCAUCGUCUUGCAAUUACACUAAGAAAAUAUAACAAAGAAAUUUUAGCCUAUUUAGAUGGUUACUCGAACGAGUAUUUAGUUGGUAAAAAUUUACGCGUAGAUUUAUUGUCUCGAUUUGAUGUCUUCUUCGGUGGUAUACCUGAACAUGACUGGUCAAAACUGUUGGGUGUAUUACGUCGAUAUGCUGACUCAUCUUUGGCAAUGAGUGAAGUUAAAACUGGACAGCAACCUUCGUUGACCGGAUGUAUUGGAUCAUUUAACAUCAGAGCUAAUAACUUCACUGAUAAUUUAUUAAGGCUAUACGAUAGUUAUUUAACUGCUUAUCCACCUAGUGAAUUAGUCCGUGGUUAUUGUUUAGAUUUAAGGCGUUGCACACCAAAUUUCUGUCGCAAUGGUGGAACAUGCAGACAGAUUUCAGAAAAAGAAGUUCAAUGUACAUGUACAGGAACUGGUUUUGAAGGGCCUAGAUGUGAAAAUCCUAUCCUUGAAUGUCCACCAGGUUAUUGUAGGAAUAAUGGACGCUGUCAAAUGAUAAAUGGUCAACCAGUUUGUGAUUGUUCAGGUACCGGUCAUACUGGUACAAUGUGUGAAAUCAGUCCAUGUAGCAGUGGUACAUACUGUCAAAACAAUGGACGAUGUUAUAUGAUGGGGUCAGUUGCAACAUGUGAUUGUAAGGGGACUGGAUUUCAGGGAGGUCGUUGUGAACAGCCAAUAUGUAGGCCUGGUUAUUGUAGAAACAAUGGAAUAUGUCGAGUUGAUUUAAGCGGUCGUCCAACAUGUGAUUGUCGUACUACUGGAUUUUAUGGUGAAUAUUGUGAGAAACAGUCGUGUUCACCAACUUUCUGUGAUAAUGGAGGUUAUUGUCGUACUGAUGCAACAGGUGCUCCUGAAUGUGUCUGUAAGGGAACUGGUUUUACAGGUCCAAGAUGUGGUACACCGAUUUGUAAUUCUGGAUUCUGCGCUAAUGGAGGCCGAUGCUACAUUGGAUUUAAUGAUCAACCUCAAUGUAAUUGUACGAGAACAGGAUACUGGGGUGAUCGUUGUCAAGUUCCUAUUUGUACGCCUGAUUACUGUUCAAAUGGUGGUCAUUGUAGGAUAUCAGAAGAUGACAAACCGUAUUGUGACUGCCGUGGUACUCAGUUCACAGGAUUCCUUUGCAAAGAUCCAGUUUGUACACCUGAUUAUUGCGGUAGAGGACGUUGUUCAGUGGGACCAGAUGACAAACCGAUAUGUGAUUGCACAGGGACUGGAUUUUCUGGACCAAGAUGUCUUGAUUCCAUAUGCACUCCAGGUUACUGUGCCUACGGAGGUGUGUGUACGGUUGAUCUUCGCACACAGCAGCCCAAAUGCAAUUGUAGAGGUACUGGUCAUGAAGGUCCACGAUGUCAAAGUCCAAUAUGUCCAGUUAAUUAUUGUGCAAAUCAUGGUGAGUGUAGGGUUGGGCCUGAUGAUCGUCCAUCAUGUGACUGUUCAAGAACUAACUAUGCUGGUCCAACAUGUAAUAUACCCUUAUGUCCACCGAACUACUGUACAGGACAUGGUAUUUGUGUAGUUCGACAAAGAAACCCUACCUGCGAUUGUUAUCCAGGGUUUAGAGGAUCAAGAUGUGAAAUAGAGGUGUGUCCACCGAAUUACUGUAUGAAUGGUGGUACUUGUUACCCUGGACCAGAUCAUCGUCCACACUGCACAUGUUCUAUCAAUUUCGAAGGCGAACAAUGUGAAAUGCCUAAGCAGUGUCCACCGGAUUAUUGUCUACACGGUGGUCGAUGUGAAAUGGUUCGAGGAAUACCGAAAUGUGAUUGUCUAGGCACAGAUUACAAGGGGACGCAAUGUGAAAUACCGGAAACAUGUCCUCCAGGAUAUUGUCAAAACAAUGGGGUUUGCUUAGUGAAAUCUGGAAGUUAUGUAUGUGACUGUACAGGAACUGGUUAUCGCGGAAAGACAUGCACAGAGCCUAUUGCCUGUCCACCAAACUAUUGUUACAAUGGGGGAGUUUGUUCAGUUUUUCCAGGAAAUGUUUAUCGUUGUGACUGUUCUAUGACUGCACGAACGGGAACUCAGUGUGAAAAUGAUGCUCAUGGUAUUCAUAUUGGUUAUGAAAAGGACGGUUACGUAAUUUAUAAUUUAAUACCAUCUGUGCGUACUGUUGAAGACAAUGUUACUCUUGGUUUCAAAACGUAUAUGGAUUCAGGUACUCUAGUCACUUUUAUGACAACUGAUGGAAGACACUGGGCAAUAAAGCUGCGUGAUGGACGUAUUGUUAUCGAUUCGGGUGGAAAAAUCUCUCAUGAUUUUGGAAUGCGUUCAAAUGAUGGCAAUUAUCAUAUGUUGAAUGUUGAACGGAAGGGUAGGACAAUGAUUGUUACACAAGAUGGAGAAGUGCUUCGAUUAUCAUUACCAGGUUUAGUUGAUCCCUAUGACAACAGUAUCACCUACAGUGCAAUUCAUUUAGCUGCUGAUGAAAAGAAAUCUGAUAUAUUCCGUGGUGUAAUUGGAGGAUUACAUUGGAAUGGACGAUAUCCCAUAAAUGAUUUACAAUCUGGUAGAGUUACAUCAUCUGGGACAGUUAUAGUUGUGCCUACACCAAGUUUCCCUAUACUUCCACCGAAACCUCAACCUGAGUGUAUACCUGGUUACUGUUUGAAUGGAGGCAGAUGUUAUGCACAAGAUUAUCAACGAAGAUGUGAUUGCCGUUAUACUGCCUACAAUGGAGCACGAUGUGAAAGACAAGCUCGAGGUUUUAUGCCAUAUAGAGAAGAUAAUGGAGCCUAUGUGAUUUAUCAUAUUCAGCCGUUGAACAGAACCAAUAAAGAUCAUCUAAGAGUUGCUUUUCAAACCUGGCAAUCGGAUGGACCAAUUGUACGUGUUAUACAAACAGAUGGAUCAUACUAUGAAGUAUACUUGCGUAACGAAAAACUUUUCGCUAAUAUCAAUGGUGCCGAAUUCCGUAUCAGUAAUCCAUCACAGAUAUUCAACGAUGCUAGAAUGCAUGUUAUCACUAUGGAUCGUGAUAAAGCCCAGUUCAAUUUCACAGUCGACGGACAUCAUACAAUGUAUAAUAUACCAAGUAUUGUAUCUGUGGACGGUUCUUUGAUAUCACAAGAGAUUGUUCUUGGAGCUGAUCGAAAUUACCAAAAUACUUUCAGAGGAGUUAUUGGAGCUUUCUACUGGAACGGACAAUAUUUAGUCAACGAAGUCGGUUCUCUUGUCUCCAACGCUAAAGUCAUGACGGGUCCAGGAAGAAAUGUAGCUAAAAAUAUGGAUGAGAUAGUGGUCGUCCUUAUGCCAGAACUGCUGAAACCAAGUGGACCAAUUAAAAAACCAGAUAUUGGACCACUACCUGAAGCGUUACCUGAAGGAACUAUAGCUGGUGGAGUUGUAAUGCCUGGAUUGGGUACAGGUAAUGCUGAUCUUGGAGCACCAAUCUAUGUAUCUGAUGGGAAAGUGUUUGGUGCUGGUGCAACUGGUAUCAAUGCUGGCACAGGACUUAUACUAUCUCAAGCUGGUGGAUUAUUCGGGUUGGGUGGUGCUAUGGUUGAUGCACUUCUGGCUGGAUUACUCCUCGCUUUGUUAUUAUUAUUAUCUGCUUUAAUAUGGGCUUGUUGGCGCUGUAAACCUGGAUGUUGUGGUUGGUGUGCUGGAAAAGCCAGUGGCAUAGGUGGUGGUGGACGCAGUGCAUGGGAUCGAUUAGCUGCAGUGUGCUGUGCUGCACCAGAGAGUGCAAUUAUUGUAAAAGAAAAGAGACAUUUACUAAGUGACAAUGGUAACGUUGGAGUAGUUGAUGGAGUGACUGGUGGUGGUAUGACUGCAACAAGUCUGCAGUCCCUACAGACUCAGUCACGCAUCAUUAAACCUCCUUUAUCAGUGACAAAUUAUCCUAUUGGACAGCAUCAUAGGCUGGAUCUUGGUGAUCAAAUUGAAGCAUCUGGUAUUUCAACAAUACGCAUUGAUCAGCCUAUUAUGGAUGAUUUAAGCGCUCGUCAAAAUGUUUACAAUAUGGAGGGUAUGAAAGUUGACUGUGUUGUCAUCACAAAGAAUAGUAAAUAUGUUGUAACUGGUUCAGGAAUGGGUCCACCACAAGUUUGGGAUACUCAGUCAGGAGAUUUGUGCAAAAUCAUGGAUGGUCAAGAGUUUGGUUGCACAGAUCUACAUUUAGCCUGUGAUGAUACUGUGCUUGUCGCUCAGGUUGUGGAUGACAUCGCUGGCCUGGAUACACUGAAUGAACCGAGUGAAAUCAAGGUGAAACGUCUGCAAUUAUGGGAUUUCGCGUCAGGUAGACAACUUGAAAUGCCAAUGGAAAUCAUGUGUACAGCCACGUGUAUAACACGUUCAAGUGAAUAUGUGAUUGUCGCUCAGGUGACACAAGAAGGACCAGCUAUACUUGUCUGGAAUUUACCUGGUAAUCAAUCAGAUCAUAUUAUACCAUAUCAUCCAGUCAAUUCAUUACUGAAAGAUUCUAUCACCUAUCUAAAUAUCUCUAUGGAUGAUCGCCUUGUUGUUGCUGGACUGAAUAAUCCCACAGAUGAAUUGGCCUACUUUAUGGUCUUUGAUUUAACUGCUAGUUAUGUAGGUGUACAUCAACCUAAAUUUAUCACAUUCAAUGGUAAAUGUGAAGCUACUGAGAUUAUUGGAAACGAUGAAGCUGUCACAGGCACACGUCGAGGUGAAUUAUUUGUCUGGAAUUUGUUAACUGGGCGAGUUAUGCGUCAAAUUCAAAUUAGUGCUACCCUUGAAGGUGGAAAUCCAACUGUACUACCUCCACACACUGAGACAAUUCAUUGUGUAAAGUUAUCCGCCGAUGGGCAUUAUUUAGUCACUGGUUCACAGGAUCAAUUGGCUAGAAUUUGGACAAUGCCUGAUGAACGUCUACUGCAUACACUGGAAGGACAUGCUGAUGAUGUUUAAGUGUAGCCAUCUCAAUAGACUCUGAGGUAGUGGUCACAGGGAGUUGGGAUGGUUCAAUUCGUGUAUGGCGUGUACGAGAUGGCAAUCAAAUGUGUUGGUUCACCUCGAAUAUCGAAAUACUACAGGUGAAGAUAAGCAAUGAUAAACGUGCUUUAGUUGCACUCGGUGAAAGAAGUGGACAUCGUAAGCUAAUCAUGUUACAAGUGUUACGUAAUCGAACAAGAACUACAACUAAUCUACGUACAGCUGGUUCACGUAUGACUUCAUCUUUAUCGCCGCCAACACCAGGUUAUUCACCAUCAUCACCAGUUGUGAUGGCGUAGAUCUUGACGAUACUGCACACAUGUCAAAUCUUACAAAAUGUGAUCGCUUAGUGUACUACUUUCUUCUGUUCUUGUUGUCAUCGUGGUCGUCUUCGUCGUCGUUCUCACUGACGUUCUCUCUCUCUCCUUUUCUCUUCUCAGUCUUCAAAACAUAUGCUAUUCACUAACGGCAAUCCCAUCUCGUUUAGAAUUUGAAACACUUUAAAAUUGCUGAUAUCCUACGUUGACAUACAACAACACUAUGCGUGUGUGUGCGUGUACGUGUACGUGUCUAAUCCUUGAAUUAUAAAUGUGAAUUUAUUAUACUUAUGGAGCACAACUUAAAAUAAACGGGAGAUAUGCAUACACAACAUGCACAAAAAAAAACCAUAUUUAAACAAGGCUUCAUUGAACAAUUUUUUUCAUAUUGAACCGAUUAACAACUUACUGGUUUAUCUCAAUUGUCCUUAUUUAUUCGCAUACACAGUAACAGUGAAUUAAUAAAAUCACAUAAACAGGAAAAUUAUUUUUAAAAAAAUAAGUACAACCUUUUACAGUAUUACUUUCUAUUACUUUUUUGAGUUGCUUCUAUUUAUAAAAUAGAAAAACAGACCGUUGUUUGUUACAUGUACGCGUGCACACACACACACACACACACAACUGCAAGUUGUUGCGCACACUCAACACACAUCUAUAAAUAAAAAACUAUGGCAUAUGAACACAUUGAUCAAACUGAUAUGAUGCAUUUAGAGUGAAUCAAUCUUUUUAUUCAUUGAUAACUACUAUUCAGUAUUAUUAUUAUCCUGCCUUUCUUCAAAUAAGUGAAUACACAAUCUAUAGGAAAAAAUGGUGACUUCUUCAAUCAUGCUAGUUUCUUAUAAACUUUUGUUGUUUGCAUUGUAGUUGCCUUUUUGUUCACUCAAACUUAAUCUGCAGAUAUUUUUAAUGAUGUUUAAGUAUAAUCUGUAGUUGUGUUCAGUUACUUUUAUGGUCUCAGAGAGCUUUUUGUGCAUGUGUGUGUGUGUGUGUAUGAACAAGCAUAUGUCUGUUGAUGGCUUCUUUCUCUCUGCUUAUCUUCUUUAUUGCUAGGCUUACAGUCAUUUAAAAAAUAAAUUUUUAACUCUUUUUUAUCAAAAACUGUUCACUAUGUUUAAAAUUGCACAACAAAGUAACAUAGAGAAAUAUUUAUUUGAUGUCUAUCAAAUACCCUAUGUAUUUUUUGCCCUUCCAGGGGUACAUAUUUACGCCUAUAUCAUCACUAUAUAGUGCUUUUUUCCAGCUUGAUAUUUACUUUAUUCUCAAGCCUAAUUUGCUUCAAUAGUGCCGACAAACCAACAAGCAAGCAAGCAACAACAGCAACUACUACUACUAUUAUUACUUUGUCAAUAGUAUUGAAACUUAUUCUAGGUAUUCUGAAUGCAUACACUUUAAUUAUAAUUUAUCAUAUCAUACAAAUGAAAUGGUUUAUCGAGUCCCAAUGACUGACCGAUUCAUUUUACUAUACUUGCUACCUAUUUAUUUAAAUAUAGACACUAAUCAAUAAUUCAAAUUUUAUUAGUACUAUUCAUUUCUGAACUACAUGUUACAACAGCAAUAAUAUCAACAAUAAAUCACUAUAAACUAAUGAAUAUUCACUUUUAAUCAGUGUUUCCUUUUUAGAUGUUUCAUUUUGUUGUCUUUUUGUGCUGAUAUCGUUGUUAUCCUUUAUUUCUUUCAUUGUUUCACAGUCUCUCUUUGUUACACAACAGCCGUAUUUUUAACUGUGAAGAGUUUAAUUCGUCCAGACUAUGUGUCUGUCUAUCUAUUAACGUCUGUUUGCCUAUCCACUUAUCUAUCCAUCAGUUAGAGUGUGGAUAACUUUUUUUGGCCUUUUCUGACCUUGAUAAGCACUCUUAUGGAGUUGGGCUUGAGCGUAGAGUCUAAUUCAUUAUUGCUAAACAGCAUCGCUCUUAACUGUCCACUAUGUAUAAAGAAUAUUUUUUAAGCCCAUCAUCUCACUUAACAGUGGUAGAUAAGAAAAGCAAACAGAAAUGAAAAAUCCCACUGCUUUCACAUCUCACAAAAGAAUUAUAUACAAUAAUGUAUGAACACUAUUUCAUGAAAAAAAAAGUUGCUUGUUUUCUGCCCACAAACAAAUAUACACGCAUACACACACAAAAAAUAGAGAUAAAUGAACAACACUUCAGAUAGUUAAUUCAUUUAUUUAAUUCAAAUGUUAUUAUUAUUAUUAUUAUUAUGAAUACUGUCAAGUUUAUUGUAAAAUACAAUUUUGCUUAC